CCGACUUGAUACCACCGUUCCCAAGAUAUCUUUAAGAGAAAAUAAAAACCCCGACCCGCCAUAACCCAUCCCACCACCACCAAAACCAUGCCCCCCCUCAAAGCCGCCCUGACCCUGCACCUCCUAAUCGAGACCCCCGCCUCGCUCUCCUUCCUGCUCACCCCCCAAGCCCAGCUCCCGGGGGCCUCGCCCGACGCCCGCCUCAUCCUGCGCAACUUGGGCGGCCUGCUGCUGGCGACCAACCUGGCGUGCCUGGCGCUGCUGGGCGGCGGGCGCAUCGCGGACGACGACGGGGACCGCGUCACGGCCCUGUUCUGCGCGGGGCUGGGGACCUAUCAUGUGUGGCCGACCUACAGGGCGUGGGUGAGGAUGGGGAUGGGGGGUGGGCUGCAGGGGAAGAGGGUGCUUGGGGGGCCGGUGGUGCAUUUUGUGGUGCAUGUGGCGUGUUUGGUUGCGAUGGUGGGCGGUGGGGUGGUUGGGUUGUUGGAGGGGUGAAGGGAGGAUGGAGGAGGAGAAGGACGGAGGUGAUGGCUAAGGUGAUGAUUAGGAGGGAGUUAAUAUUUUGGAGGGAG